UUAAAGUCGGUGUUGGCAAUUGUCCUCGAGACCACUCAAAGCCACUUGAACUUCUACCACACUUCAGUCUAGCUGCAUAGCGUCCGUCCUCAAUUGCUCUUCGUUGACUCUGUACAUACCUGACCGCCUCCAAACUGCAUCUUUGCUUCCUGCAUCAUGGCCCUCCUUCAAGCCAGAGUCAAAAGUGUCCUGUCAGGCGACACCUUGAUCAUCACCAACCAGAAGGGUGCUGAGCGAACUUUGUCUCUGGCCUACAUUUCAGCUCCUCGCUUGAAGAGAGAAGGCGACGAACCUUUUGCAUUCCAAUCCCGCGAGUUCAUUCGAGAGCAGUGCCUGGGAAAAGUCGUGCAAUUCCAGAUCCUAUAUGCUAUCCCUACCACGAAACGAGAAUACGGCCGAGUCAAACUUCCUACCGGAGCUGAAUUACCCGACUUGAUCGUGGAGGAAGGCUGGGCAAAAGUGCGGGAAGAUGCAGGAAAGAAAGAAGACGACGAAAAUGCAUUGGCUUACCUGGACAGGCUCCGCUCUCUGGAAGCCGAAGCCAAAUCACAAAGCAAAGGCGUUUGGGGGAAGGGCGGCCAGAUAGAGGCAUCCUCAGAAGUCUCUGAUCCCAAUGCGCUGGUGGAGCAGUACAAGGGCAAGAAAGUCGAUGCCAUUAUUGAGCGUGUCCUCACCGGUGACCGCCUGAUUGCGCGUCUCAUGCUUAGCCCGACAAAACACAUCCAGACCAUGCUGGUUCUGGCUGGUAUACGAGCUCCUGCCACCAAGCGAACGUCUCCGGAGGGCAAAGAGAUACCCGCUGAGCCCUACGGCACCGAAGCUCAUGCCUUUGUGGAGGAACGACUACAUCAACGAAAAUGUGCCGUAGAACUACUGGGUGUUACGCCGCAGAAUCAGCUCAUGGCAAAUGUGUUACAUCCCAGAGGAAACAUUGCAACAUUCCUGCUCGAAGCUGGUCUGGCUCGAUCGAACGACCAGCAUGUCACUCUACUUGGCAAUGAGAUGGCGCACUUCAGACAAGCCGAGAACGCAGCAAAGAAUGCCCGAAAGGGUGCCUUCACAGGUGUUUCCGCUGCCAAAGCUGCUGGUGUACAAGAAGCCGAUUUUAUCGUCUCUCGGGUACUCAACGCCGAAACCGUAUUCAUUCGCACGCGGUCUGGCGAUGAGCGGAAAGUCACGCUAUCGAGUAUACGGCAACCCAAGCCCUCGGAUCCCAAGCAAGCUCCCUUUGGUGCUGAUGCCAAGGAGUUCUUGAGGAAGCGCUUGAUCGGCAAGCAUGUCAAAGUCAGCAUUGACGGCAAGAAACCUGCUUCGGAAGGGUUUGAGGAGCGAGAAGUAGCUACAGUGGUCGUCAACGGGAAGAACAUUGCCUUGAGUUUGGUCGAAGCUGGCUAUGCGUCCGUGAUCAGACAUCGGCGCGAUGACGAUGAUCGAUCGCCUGACUACGAUGCCUUACUGCUUGCUGAGGAAACCGCUCAAAAGGAAGAGAAAGGGAUGUGGUCACCCAAACCGCCUGUGACCAAGCAAUAUCAGGAUUACUCUGAAAGCUUGCAGAAAGCCAAGAUGGAAGCUUCGGUCUUGCAGAGGCAAAAGAAAGUCCCUGCCGUCGUCGAUUUCGUUCGAGCCGGUUCGAGAUUUGUCGUCCUCGUCCCUCGCGAGAAUGCCAAACUUACCUUUGUCCUGUCCGGAAUCCGCACCCCAAAGCCUGCAAGACAGCAGGGAGAUACUGCCGAACCAUUCGGCCAGGAAGCCUUGGAAUUCGCCAAUAGGAGAUGUAUGCAACGAGAUGUUGAAAUCGACGUCGAGAACACGGACAAGGUCGGCGGCUUUAUUGGCACAAUGUAUGUCGGACGUGAGAACUUUGCAAAGGCACUGGUCGAAGAAGGUCUCGCAGAGGUCCACGCCUAUUCGGCCGAGCAGAGUGGACAUGCCAACGAGCUCUUCGCUGCAGAGAAGAAAGCAAAAGAAGAUCGAAAGGGAAUGUGGCAUGACUGGGACCCUAGCAAAGACGCAGCCGAGGAGGAGACUCCUCUCCCUACAAACGGCACAGACGGCGCCAAUGGAGAAUCGGUCGAGAGGAGAAAGGAUUAUCGCGACGUGAUGGUAACGCAUGUCGAUGAGGCUGGCAAACUCAAGAUUCAGCAAAUUGGGUCGGGCACGACAGGCUUGACCGAGCUGAUGAAUGCUUUCAAAUCAUUCCACCUCAACAAAGCCAAUGAUCAGCCUCUCGCCGGUCCUCCCAAAGUUGGCGACGUCGUUGCUGCCCAAUUCACUGCCGACAAUGAGUGGUACCGGGCCAAAGUACGCAGAGUCGAUCGUGAUGGCAAGAAAGUGGAUGUGACUUAUCUCGACUACGGAAACUCGGAGACACUUCCUUGGUCUCGCCUACGUCCUCUAACACAACCUCAGUUCUCAACUCAAAAACUGAAGCCACAAGCCACAGAUGCGGUGCUCUCUUUCUUGCAGUUACCCGCCGCGCAACAGUAUCUCCGAGACACGGUAGAUUUCAUCAUGGAGCAGACCGAAAAUCGGGAAUUGGUGGCCAACGUUGACUACGUCGCUCCCGACGGGACUUUACAUCUCACUCUGCUCGACCCGAAGAUCUCUUCCAAGAUUGAUGAAAGCAUCAAUGCUGAGGUAAUCAGAGAAGGCCUAGGGAUGGUGCCCACGAAAUUGAAGGCAUGGGAACGUCAAGCCGCCGACACGUUGACGAAGUUGAAAGUCCUUCAGGAUGAGGCUAAGGAAAAACGUCGAGGUAUGUGGGAGUAUGGGGAUUUGACGGAAGAUUAGACAUGCUGCUGCAAUAUUAUCAUGAACAUCAUCUCUGAGUGACGGCCAAAAAAGGGCAGGAAAAUUCAUGAAGUCAGAAAAGCAUUUUACCUGGGGAUUUCAGGAUGGUCCAGCGCCGGAAUUCGCUUUGUUGGUUGAAUAUCGAUCUUUCAUCCAGAAUUCCACCUCAACCUUGACCAUGAUGCCACGAGAAGUGAUUGAAGACUCGCAUCCAUGGCCCAGUCCAGGUUAGACGUGCACGGCAAAAAUAGAAAGCAGCUUACAUGAUGCAUCUAGAAGCAUGACUUCAGCUGACGGAGAAUCCA